GUCAUGAACGAUCAUCUUGGCUUUUGUUUAGUUUUGCUAAAUUGUUUUGCAAACCAGCAGAAAAUUGGGCAAAUUUGUGAAAUACUCAUCCGAAAUUUGCAUAAAUUUCUUGGUGAAAGUGGAACAUUAAUCAAAAUCUGUUGAAAUUGUGGUUAAAAUGCUUUGAUAUCGUGCAUAAUGAAUUGUUUAAUUGUCGGUUAAUAAAACGGUUAGUGGCACCUGUUUAAAAAUUCAAAUUCGCGCGGAAAAAGCGCAACUGAGCGACAAACUCAUGCUUUCGUGUAGAUGGCGGCGGUGCUAAAAGAUUUUCAUCGAUGGGGAAAUCAAAUCCGAAGCCACCCGAAACCACCCGAAGGCAUUGGGUCAUUUUCCAAAAGUCCCCCGUGAGUGGCGCCACUAGUGACACGCCAAAGAAGAAGAAGAUUCGCUAGUGCGAGGAGCAAAUUCUACCACACAAACUAAAAAACUCCAUUUGGUCUCGUUGUCUCCCGGGAAAGCGUGCCCCCGCGAUGGCCUUCAGCUUCCGGUGCCUCCUAGUGUGAAGUGUUAGUUUUGGGGAAGUGUCCAGUGGCAGUGAUAGCAAGUGACCCAGUUUUAUCAGUGAAGUGUCCGGGAGAUGGUGUGAUUUCCUUGGUUGUUUUUGUGUUGUGGACUAGUGUUGAGAGAUGAACUCCCGGCCGCACCUGCAGUCCUUCCUCACCAACUCCCUAGCCAUUAGGCAGGAGAUUCAGCGCUUCGAGAGUGUCCAUCCCUCGAUCUAUGCCAUCUAUGACCUCAUUGAACUCAUCCAGGACCAGCAGAUUGCCCAGCAGAUUCGCGACCACGUCGUCUGCAUCGAAGAUUCCUUUGUCAAUAGUCAGGAAUGGACAAUCUCCAGGUCCGUGCCGGACUUACGGCUGGGUAUUGUGGGAUCCCUGAGUUCGGGGAAAUCCGCCCUGGUUCAUCGUUACCUCACAGGAUCCUAUAUGCAAGAGGAAUCUCCGGAAGGUGGUCGUUUCAAGAAGGAAGUCUUCAUCGACAAUCAGAGCUAUUUGUUGCUCAUACGCGAUGAAGGUGGACCCCCUGAAAUGCAGUUUGCAGCGUGGGUGGAUGCUGUAAUCUUUGUGUUUAGUUUGGAGAAUGAGGCAAGUUUCAAUGCUGUAUACAACUACUUCACAAAGAUGUCCCACUUCAGGAAUAGCUCAGAAAUUCCCAUAAUUCUCGUUGGGACACAAGAUGCAAUCAGCGAGAGGAGUCCCCGUGUGAUUGAUGAUGUUCGUGCCAGGAAGUUGGCGAGUGACUUAAAAUGGUGUUCCUAUUAUGAAACUUGUGCAACAUACGGUCUCAAUGUUGAGCGUGUCUUUCACGAUGCUUGUCAAAAGAUUGUACAGCACCGGUUGGGUGGACCUCAACCUCCACAUACGAUCACACCAACUAAUUCAAGGCCCACGACGCCACAAGGUACUAGGCUGGGAGUGGCCAGCUACCAUGGAGUUGGUAGUCCUACGAAUGGCUUCACCACCUCCUCAGGCAGUCCAGCUAGCAAUGCAACCCUGAGUUCUGCCUCUCCCAGUCACAUUUCCGCCUCACAUGGGAACCUUACCCUUCCUCAUAGACAUCAUGCCCUCUCAGCAUCAAGUCACCAUAUACCCAUCCGCAUCAGUGCGGAUUUGGUGGCUCAGGGAGCUGUUCAGGACCAUGCUAAGUGGGGAACCAUCUCCCAUGGGUCCUCACAGCAGGCCCUUGUAGCUAUUGCUGCUGAGAAUAACAACAUCGCCAAAUUUGCACCACAAGCUGUUACAAGGGAUCUGGAUAAUUUCCAUCAGGUUGGUGGUAAUACGGUUGCCAGGGAAGUAACACCCAAAGAACUUCCAACACCUACAUCAACACCUACAACCAGCAGAAAGAGCCGACGCCGCUCGAAUCUCUUCAUUCCGUCAUCGAAGAAGAGUGACGAGAAGUUGAAGAAUGGCGGUGAAUUGGGUAGUGGUAGGGCUAUUCCGCUGAAGCAGGGUUAUUUGUACAAGCGGAGCAGCAAAUCCCUCAAUAAAGAAUGGAAGAAGAAAUAUGUAACGCUAUGUGACGAUGGGCGAUUGACCUAUCAUCCUUCCCUGCACGAUUACAUGGAUGAUGUGCAUGGGAAAGAGAUCCAGUUGCAGCUGGUCACCGUUAAGGUACCCGGACAGAAACCUCGAGGUUCCAAAUCUAUCAUCACCAACAGUGCUCUGACGGCGAUUAAAGCGCACGCCAAUGGGCUGACGGAGGGUUUGGGUGGAUUAUCACUGGCCAAGGAGAAGAAGGAAAAGGUCCUGUUGACGGCAUAUGACACCCUUAAGGAGCCAGGGAAGAGCAAUUCACAGACGAGUGGAGAUGAGGGUAUAGCGCUGAGUAAUAGUAAUUCGCAGACGUUUAUCAAUGAAACUGCCAAAGUGGAGGCUCAAACGCCAAAUGUUAAGAAGAGACAUCGGCGUAUGAAGAGCAGCGGGGUUAAGAACAAUGAAUACGAUGAUUCCGAUGGCUUUGAAUUCUACAUUGUGUCACUGGGGAACAAGCAGUGGCACUUUGAGGCGGCCAAUUCGGAGGAAAGGGAUGAAUGGGUGGCUGCCAUUGAGCAGGAGAUUUUCAAGACGCUUCAAGGGAAUGAAUCGACAAAGUCAAAGCAGCAGAAUAGCAGUACGGACUUGGCGUCGAUGCAAUUGGUGAGGAGCAGAGUUCCCGGAAAUAGCCACUGUGUUGAUUGUGAUGAGCCUAAUCCUGAAUGGGCUAGUCUCAAUCUUGGUGUUGUGAUGUGCAUUGAAUGCUCGGGAGUUCAUCGGAAUCUCGGUUCUCACAUCAGCAAAGUGCGCUCUCUGGGACUGGAUGAAUGGCCACCUGGACAUUUGAGUGUCAUGUUGGCUAUUGGCAAUUCUCUGGCGAAUUCGGUAUGGGAGGCAAAUGUACCGAGAGGAAGGGCGAAACCCGGGCCGGGAUCCACGAGGGAGGAGAAGGAAGCUUGGAUUCGAAGCAAGUAUGAGGCUAAGGAAUUCAUUCAGACACCUCCACAAGCUGGCAAUGUUGCUCAGCAACUCACUGAGGCUAUUUUCCGGCCUGACAUGAGGAGUAUUAUCCUUUUGUUGGCCCAUGCGACUCCCGAACAGAUUAACACUCCACUGAAUGCCAGAGAUCUCCGGACGCCGCUUCAUGUGGCCUGUGGAGUUGGCAAUCUGGCCAUUACGCAAUUGCUAAUCUGGUACAAUGCCAAUAUUAAGCAAUUGGAUCAAGAUGGCAGGACUUGCUUAACUCAUGCUCGGGAGGCUCUGUCUGUAGCCGCUACAUCAAUUAAAGCCAACAGCAGUGGUCUUCAGCAUCACCAUCAGUACUCCUUGGAAGCCACCUCAGCGCUGGUUGAGCUCUUGGUGGGCCUAGGUUGUCCGGAUGCACAGAUUCCAGUUGGAACACUGUCCCGGAGGCGUGAGACUUUUGGGCAGGCCUUCGAGAAGCUCCCAUCGAGCGUCAUCUAAGUCCCAAUGUGGGACACUCCUUUGUGAUCAUCCUCCCCUCUUAUUUUAAAAGAUUGACAUAGGGCUCCUGCUUCCGGACGGUAAUGGAGAUUCCUCUCGCAGAAUUACUUAAAAGGUAGGAUGUUCAGGCACUUUUAUGAAUCCUAUCGUGAGUUCCGCUGAGCUUUUAAUUUCUCUUAAAAUUAAAAGGUUGAUAAAAUUCAGUUUGAAAAUUCCUCAAAAUAAGAGAACGUCAAUAGAUUUAGAUUCCUUCAAUUUCGAUACUUAAAACCGAGGAUAUCCAUUACUGAGCACUUUUUAGUCCCUCUUAAGAAGCAUACGCCCCCAAUCUCCCCCCAAAAAAAGAAAUAUAUCGGGGAGUAACCAGUAAAUAUCAACCACUCUUAGAUGUCUCAACGUGAAAGAAAAAGCAAGAAUGUAAAAUUAGCCGUAAAAUUUAGAAUAUAGCAUGCAGAUAUUCGAUUAAUCCGAGGAAGAAAAAUGGUUAUUUCCUCAAGAAUUUCCCGGAGAAAUUUAGCGUGACAACAAAGAAAUUAAAAAAGAAAUAAUUAGAAACCAUUGUGAAGAAAAGUAUUGCUAGAAGUGUAACAUGAAAAUACUUAUAUCAUUUUAGGACAAAUUUUUUUUAGUGAAAAAAAAAUAGUUGAAAGCCAAUCAACAAUAUCGGUUUGUUUUUUGGAGAGAGCACUUGACGAGAAAAUUGCAAGAAUUCCGCUUAAUUUCCACUUUCCACUUGUUUUUUCUCCCACGCAGAAUUUAUUGAAAAUCACCCCCAAAAAAAAAUAUAUGUAUAUAGAUUGCAACUCGAUAAUUUAUUCUAUUGUGAAUGUGCUGUAGUAUUUAUAUAUGACGGAUGAUGAUAAGAAAGAAGAUUCAGUGAAUAAAAAUGAGACAAUUUAGAAGAA